UCUGAAAAAAAAAAAAAAAAAAAAAAAAAAAAUCCAAAACCUGAUUGAAGAAAGAACAAAGCACAAUAGAUAAGAGUCAUAGACAGACACACGCCCAAAAUCCCAAAACCCAUGGCUUCCUCAACCGAGCCCAUAUCCCACUUCCUCCAGUCCGCCACAUCCAAUCUCCUCUCCAUCUUCACCCCCAAAACGACGUCGUCGUCGUCCUCCUCCUCCUCCCUAACCACCUCCAAAAUCUGCGUCCCUUUGGUCCUCCCUAUCCCUAUGCACUCCUUACACUUCGACUCCUCAGACUCAAUUUCCAAUUCCAAUUCCAAUUCAAAAUCCUCCGCCAUCAACGCCGUCCAAUCUGGCGACUCCGGCACCUCCUCCACCUUCCCAUCAACGGUCAGGAUUUCCAGCUUCAACUCCAACGGCAGGUCCGCCAGCGGGCCCGCCUUCGUCGGCCAGGUCUUCAGUAUGUGUGACCUUUCUGGGACCGGCCUCAUGGCCGUCUCCACCCACUUCGACAUCCCUUUCAUCUCCAAAAGAACACCUGGGUGGCUUAAGAAAAUGUUUGCAACGGUUACUAAGAGCGAAAGAAAUGGUCCUGUAUUCCGCUUUUUUAUGGAUUUAGGCGAUGCAGUGUCAUAUGUUAGAAGGUUGAAUAUUCCAAGUGGUGUGGUGGGUGCCUGUCGUCUUGAUUUAGCGUACGAACACUUCAAGGAAAAGCCUCAUUUGUUCCAGUUUGUUCCAAAUGAAAAGCAGGUCAAGGCUGCAAACAAGCUUUUGAAGACAAUCCCACAGAAUGGAGGAAGCAAAAAGGUUGAUGGUGUUCCAGUUUUUAGUGCUCAAAACUUGGAUAUUGCAAUAGCAACAACGGAUGGGAUUAAGUGGUAUACUCCCUACUUCUUUGACAAAAACAUGCUUGAUAAUAUUCUUGAAGAAUCUGUUGAUCAACAUUUCCAUUCUUUAAUUCAAACUCGGCACAUGCAGCGCCGACGGGAUGUUGUUGAUGACAACUUGGCUGCAGAAGUGAUUGAAGAGAUUGGUGAUAACCUGUGGGAGCCUCCAGAGGUCCAAGAACUGCUGGAUGAGAUGGGCCAUCCUGGAAUUCCUUUAAGUGUUAUUUCAAAGGCUGCAGAAAUGCAGCUCCUUUAUGCAGUUGACAAAGUGAUCCUUGGUAACAGGUGGCUGCGGAGAGCCACAGGCAUACAACCAAAGUUUCCAUAUAUGGUUGACUCUUUUGAGAAAAGAAGUGCAGCUUCUGUUCUGAGAGCAUAUGAAUCAAGUGGCUGUCUUCCCAACACUGAAAUGGAAAAUGAUAGUAAAGAUUCUCAACACCAAGGGACGUCAGAGCUUGCAUUAAAAGAUAAUAUUCAAGAAAACCAAGGACAUAAUCCUGAUUUCAGGUUACCUUUUGGAGAUUUGUUUAGUCAUUUCUGGGCCAAGAAGUCAUGCCAAACAGAAGAAUCAUCAAGGGAAUGUAUAACUCAAAACCUACAGCCAAAUCCGUUUCUUCCAAAGAUUACAAUGGUUGGAAUCUCAACUGGGGAGGCAGGUCAGAUGAGCAAAGCCAGUUUAAAGAAGACAAUGGAGGAUCUAACAAAAGAGUUGGAGCAGACAGAGCAGGGAAGUGCCACAGGUAGUAGUAAUGAGUUCAAAAAUGGAGACAGGGAUCCACUAUUUGUGGCAAAUGUGGGAGAUUACUAUUCUGGCUUGGCAAGGACUGGUUCAGCACGUUGGGUUCGUAGUAGAAACAAUUAAAGGGACUGCUUGAGGAGAUAAAAUUGAUUUAUUGGAGUUAAUUGUGAAUAUUUAUUUCUUGAGCAAAUACUCCCAUACCAAAAAGGAAAGCAAGGAAAAAAAUGGUUAAUAUGGUAUCCAUUCAUCAUAUUUCUUGCUUGGAUGCCAGCUUCUCGGGCGGCUGCAUUCACAUUUUGCCAUCUAGUCUAUGUGUAGAGUGACUAAAUAGAUACUAAUUUUCAUGUGGUAAAAAUACUAGUAAAUUGUUAGAUGCUUGUAUAACAGAGUAUUAAUAUUUAUGUAUCUGCUGUUCUUAUGGCCAUGGUGAGCAUUCAUGGUCAUGAAUAUAAGCGAGGUAUUUUUUGGAAGAGUAGGAUUAAUUGUAUUAUAAUGUGUUUGUUAGAAA